AUGCAGCAGUGGAAGGGUUGUGAGGAACUAAAAGAAUCUUUAGAGAGAUUUGUCAGUCAUUGGAAACUAGCUGGCAAGCUCCGGCGGAAUGAUGGCGGCGGUGGCGGCCUGCGGGCGGCUCUAGGGCCCGGGCGGCAGCGGGCGGGCCCUGCGGCAGCCUCUCUGUUGUGGUCUACAGUUCGAAGCGAGAGAUCUCAAAGCACUUCACUACAGCAAGGAAUUAUUGCCAAAACAUCAUUGUCCUCACCCCCAUGGCCCGAAGUCAAACUGCCAGAUCCACUAGAAGAGGCAAAGUACCAUGCAGAGGUCGUGCAAAAGGUGAAUGAGAUAAUUGCCACUGGGCAGUACGGAAGGCUCUUUGCUGUGGUUCACUUUGCCAGUAAGCAAUGGAAGGUAACCGGUGAAGAUUUGAUUUUAAUGGAAAACGUGCUGCCAGCUGAAUGUGGAGACGGAAUCCGACUGGAAAAGGUUUUGCUGGUUGGUGCUGAUGACUUCACGCUUAUUGGAAAGCCACUUCUGGGGAAAUAUCUUGUCCGUGUGGAAGCCACAGUUAUCGAGAAAAUAGAAUCUUGGCCAAGAAUUAACAUGAGAUUUUGGAAAAGGCACAAUUAUCAAAGGAAGAAAAUUAUCGUGCAGCCACAGACGGUCCUCCGGAUAAACACCAUAGAAAUUGCUCCUUGCUUGUCAUGAUCGAUUGUUGGUCUAGUAGGGCUAGGUUUAUUUUUACUGCUUUAGGAAGUAUGGAAAUAAAGAACUCU